UACACAACACGCAGUAUCUCCUCUCCUCAAGCUUCGCGCACUCACCUCCCCUACCCCUUCCUCGCCGCUCGCCUUCUUUUGCCGCUGUCCAAAGCCUUCCCAGUCUUCCUCUCUUUUCCUUUUCUUCUCUUGUGCCCACCGCCGAGGCACCUGCUGGUGCUCUUCGGAUUAACCCAAACCAGGCGAAAGGAGUUUUUGCGCUGCUAAUGGCGGCUACUGCAGCCUCUGACAUUGCCGACGGCCCUGUCCUCAGUUUAGUCAACAAGCGCAUCCGUGGGCUCCGCAAGAAAAUGAAUCGUAUUCUUCAGAUGGAGGAGUCUAUUGCUCAGGGUAAAACAAUCAACAAAGAGCAGGAGGAAGUCCUUCGCUCUAAGCCUGCAGUGUCCGCACUCAUCGACGAGCUCGAGAAGCUUCGUCAACCCCUUUUGUCUGCUGUCAAGGAAGAAGUUGACCUAGCCCUUCAGAACCAUCGUAUCUCUCCCGACAAACAACCCCAGAAAGCCGACGACUUUAACCACACUGUGGUCGAAGAUCUUCUCAAUCUUCUUUAUUUUGGGUCAUUGUUCGACGUGAAGUCGCAGAAUGAUUUCACUUCGACGAUGCUGACGAGGACCCAUGAGCGAGGCUGUUGCUUAACCUACGAUUAUGUCACCGACGACGCAACUGAUCUUCUCGGAGAGAAAGACUUGGAUGUAAUUUCUAGGCUGGGCGGUCUGUUGAUAUCGCGGCCUGCGGAUUCAAGUUUAUCUCACAAGAACGCGUUGCAGCGGUGCAUAGAGCAUGCGAAGCUAUGGCUUGCGAAGGCCGACCAGCCCAUUGAGUCGAAUGCUGAUGUCACAUAUGUGGGUUUGAGGGAGAGGUUAAAUAAGAUUAUGUCUUCAGAAUACUUCACCACUACGCCCGAGAUGAAAGCUACAGUUGAAGUCGCAGCAGCAGCUGCUGGAAAUUAUGCCUCUUUCCAGGUGCCAGUACACGGUACCAUUGUUCCUGCCUCAGUUCCACUCGAGGUGGAAAGUUCAGUUUCGCCAUCUCAAGAAAAGGAUGAAAGGGUAACGAAUUUUCACGGACAUGAAUCUGAAGACCUUCAAUCUGAUCUUGAAGAGGAACUUCAGAAGGAUGAAGUAGAAGAAGAAAAUGUAGCUGAAGAGGUCUCAGUUCAACAAGAUGUUAAGCCACAGGUAGAUGCAGAGCGUAACCAGAGAGAGACUGAGGCGAAGGAACAACAGUAUUUCCCCAGGAGAGGGGGUUACCAGAACCAAAGAGGUGGCCGGGGGGUUGGAGGUGGCCGGAGGGGUUAUUCAAAUGGACGUGGAGGCCGGGGUGGCGGGAGAGGAGGUGGCUAUUACAAUGGCCGUAACCAAUACUAUGACCAGUCUGGUAAUUAUUAUCCCAGAAACUAUUAUAACAACAGAGGAAGAGGUGGCAGAGGUGGUGGUGGGCACCUCUAUGAAAACCAUGGUUCAGGUGGUCAAGCUAAUCAUGUAGCUGAUGUUGGGGUUCGAUCUUGAUUAAUCGUGUGAGGUGUUCAUAGCGUUCUUAACUGUCUGUAGCAGGUCUGUUUUUGUUAUAUUUGUCUGGCAUGAAUAGAACUUUCUUUUGAACUAUUUUGUUGACAGAAUUCAGCAUCCCAGACUCCAUUUUGUAGUCCAUUAAUGAACAUUUGUGAGAAGUGUUACAGGAAGAAAUUACCUGCGAA